AUGAUCCCCGGGCGCAGCAACGACGGGCACACCUCCUCCCUCCUCCCCCCCUCGCCCUACCACCCGAUCCUCGCCCCCGGCGACGCACGCAGCGGCAUCCUCCCCGUCAUCCCGCCCGACAGCGACGACUUUCCGAGCCGGGCUCCGCGCAGCAACGCCGCGACCGCGGCGUCGGCCGCCAGCGUGCGGGCCCUGAGCGCGCAGCUGGUCGCCUUUUACUUUCGCGCGCCAGCCAAGGCUUUUUUCCGGACCCGCGUCGACUACCUCGCCUACGCGCGGACGAUUCACAAUGCGCACACAGACGCUGUCCUGCUGCGCGCCGCGGCGACCGCCGCCGGCGCGGCAUCUGGCCGCCGGUCGCGGUGGCGCGCGCUCCUCCACCAGUCGUGGCUCUGGGCGCGCAGCACCACGCCCGGCGUGCUCACGUCGGCCGUCCGGCACGAGGGCUGGUCCAUCCUCCCACACCAGAUCCUGCCGCCGCUCAUCGCCAACGUCGGCGUCGGCGCCGUGCUCUACACGAGCUACCUGCACAUCCUCGGCCGCCUGCACGAGGGCAGCGGCCGCGCCACCGCGCGCGUGUACCCGCCCCCGCCGCCCACCAGCACAUUUACCGCCGGCCUGCUCGCCGGCGCGCUGCAGAGCGUCGUCGCCGCACCGCUCGACGCCCUGCAGGCCCGCUACGACCACAAGGACCUGAUGCGCGGCGACGGCAGGCCGCAGAGCAUGUGGAGCUUCGGCGCCGAGAAGCUGCGCGAGAUUGGCCUGCGCGGCGUCUUUGCCGGCUGGGGCCUGUCGCUCGCCAAGGACGGCCUCGGCUCCGCCGUCUUCUUCAGCGUCUUUGAGUACGUCAAGGCCCAGGGCUACUACCGCUUCGUGACGUGGUACUACGGCGGCCUCGGAAAGGACACUGUCGACCUGCUCGCCACAAGGCGGCCGGUGGGCACUGCCGCCGCCGCCGCCGACGACGACGACAGCGUGGCCGCAACCACCAUUAUCCGGCCGCACUACGCCAUCGAGCCCAUGUUCCUUCUCGCCGCGGGCAUCAGCGCCUCGUUCACGCAGCAGCUGCUGCUGCACCCGCUCACGCACUUUCAAGUCAAGCACUGGGACCACCUCGAGGACCUCGACGCCAAGGUGCAGCGGUACCGCGCGUCCGCAGCUGCGCACCCGGAGAAGGCGGUCCCGCGCUUCCGCAUGAUGCGCGCGUACUACCGGGCGUACCAGGAGACGCUGGCCGGCUGCGCCGCCGAGGCCACCGCCGACGGCGUGUCGCUGAGCCGCUGGCUGUACCGCGGCUUCUGGUGGAACGCGAUCCGCCAGGUGCCCAGCACAAGCGCGGGCCUCAUCAUCUUUGAGUUGAUUCGCAGGAAAUACGGCUUUGGCGCCGACGAAGUGCGCAUCACAAAGGACGGGUACGACAUCCAGCUGCAUUAG